AUGGUUGAGGACAAGAAGAAGCUUCUGGAUGCGUCCGGUGGUGACAAAAAAGAGGAAGAUGCCACCGCUACCGCCAUUCUUCGCCGAAAGAAGAAGGACAACACUCUGAUCGUGGAUGACGCUGUGAACGACGACAACUCUGUGAUUGCGAUAAACUCGAACACCAUGGACUUGUUGCAGUUGUUCCGCGGUGAUACGGUUCUUGUGAAGGGCAAGAAGCGUAAGGAUACGGUUUUGAUCGUUUUGCUGGACGACGAAUUGGAAAACGGGGUGUGUCGCGUAAAUCGUGUGGUGCGCAAUAAUUUGCGUAUCAGAUUGGGUGAUUUGGUUACCAUUCACGCGUGUUCUGAUAUCAAGUACGCUACGCGGAUAUCUGUUCUCCCGAUUGCCGACACCGUUGAAGGUUUGACCGGUAGUCUGUUUGAUGUGUUUUUGAAGCCAUAUUUUGUGGAAGCAUACAGGCCUGUUAGGAAAGGAGAUCAUUUCAUUGUUCGUGGUGGUAUGAGACAGGUAGAGUUCAAGGUCGUCGACGUUGAACCUGAAGAAUACGCCGUGGUAGCGCAGGACACCAUUAUCCACUCCGAAGGUGAACCUAUCAACAGAGAAGACGAGGAGAACAACAUAAACGAAGUCGGCUACGACGAUAUCGGUGGCUGCCGCAAGCAGAUGGCGCAGAUCAGAGAAUUGGUCGAGCUGCCGCUAAGACAUCCCCAGCUUUUCAAAGCCAUCGGUAUCAAGCCGCCCAAGGGUAUUUUGAUGUAUGGUCCUCCAGGUACAGGUAAGACGCUGAUGGCCAGAGCCGUUGCCAACGAAACUGGUGCGUUUUUUUUCUUGAUCAACGGGCCUGAGGUUAUGUCCAAAAUGGCGGGUGAAUCGGAAUCCAACUUGAGAAAGGCUUUUGAAGAAGCUGAGAAAAAUGCACCAGCCAUUAUUUUUAUCGAUGAAAUCGAUUCUAUUGCGCCCAAGCGUGACAAGACCAAUGGUGAGGUUGAAAGACGGGUUGUGUCUCAAUUGCUCACUUUGAUGGACGGUAUGAAGGCGAGAUCUAACGUUGUUGUCAUUGCUGCCACCAACAGACCAAACUCCAUCGACCCAGCUUUAAGAAGAUUUGGUAGAUUUGACCGUGAAGUCGACAUUGGUAUUCCUGAUGCUACCGGCAGAUUGGAGGUUCUAAGAAUCCAUACUAAAAACAUGAAACUCGCCGAAGAUGUUGAUCUAGAAGCCUUGGCUGCGGAAACUCACGGUUACGUUGGUGCUGAUAUUGCUUCUCUUUGUUCGGAAGCUGCCAUGCAGCAAAUCCGUGAGAAGAUGGACCUGAUCGAUCUAGACGAAGAAGAGAUAGAUGCAGAAGUUUUGGAUUCUCUAGGAGUCACUAUGGACAACUUCAGAUUCUCUCUCGGCAACUCUAACCCAUCCGCUUUGCGUGAAACUGUCGUCGAAAGCGUCAACGUUACCUGGGACGACAUUGGUGGUUUGGAUGACAUUAAGGAAGAAUUGAAGGAAACCGUUGAAUACCCCGUUUUGCAUCCAGACCAAUACACAAAGUUCGGCUUGGCUCCUUCCAAAGGUGUUCUUUUCUAUGGACCCCCUGGUACCGGUAAAACUCUUUUAGCGAAAGCCGUUGCCACCGAAGUAUCCGCCAACUUCAUUUCUGUCAAGGGUCCAGAACUGUUGAGUAUGUGGUAUGGUGAAUCUGAAUCUAACAUCAGAGACAUUUUUGAUAAAGCCAGAGCUGCGGCUCCAACUGUGGUGUUCUUGGAUGAACUGGAUUCGAUUGCCAAGGCGAGAGGAGGAUCUUUGGGGGAUGCUGGUGGCGCCUCAGACAGGGUGGUCAAUCAACUCCUUACGGAAAUGGAUGGUAUGAACGCAAAGAAAAACGUCUUUGUCAUUGGUGCCACCAACAGACCAGAUCAAAUCGACCCAGCUAUCUUGAGACCAGGUAGGUUAGACCAACUGAUCUACGUUCCUCUUCCAGACGAACAAGCUAGACUCUCGAUUUUGAACGCGCAGUUGAGGAAAGCUCCAUUAGAGCCGGGUCUAGAAUUGAGCACAAUUGCCAAGGCCACCCAAGGUUUCUCUGGUGCCGAUUUAUCUUACAUUGCUCAAAGAGCGGCCAAAUUCGCAAUUAAAGAUUCUAUAGAAGCACAAAGACGCAACGAGGCCGAACGCCAGGCAAAGGUAAAAACGGAGGAUGUUGAGAUGGCUGACAUUGACGAAAAGCAAGCUGCUGCCGAUGAAGAAGACGCUGAAGACACUGUUCCUUACAUUACAAAGCAACACUUUGCCGAAGCCAUGAAGACUGCUAAGCGCUCUGUUUCUGAUGCUGAAUUACGUCGUUACGAAGCCUACUCUCAACAAAUGAAGGCUUCCAGAGGUCAAUUUGGCAACUUUAGCUUCGAUGAUAACGCUGCUGAAGCUGCCAGUGGAUCCGGUAACGGAUCUGGUGCUGCGUUUGGCGAUGCUGGUGACGACGACGACGAGCUUUACAACUAG